ACGAUGACCAGGCUUGUACGAGAACAACUACCGCUCCGAGAAAUCCCUAACACAUCUCUCCUGCACAUUAACCCCCGGACGAUGAAAUACAAGCUGUUUUAUUUCGCCUUCUUUUUCGGUUCCGCGACUAUUAAGACCUUCCUCCCAGUCUACUUCAGGUUCGUGGGUCUGGGUGCCGUGCUGACGUCUGUGCUGACAUCCGUCCGGCCUUUCACGAGGCUUGUUAGUUAUCCCUUAUUUAGUGGCAUAGCGGACAAGACGGGAAAACGCAAAUUGAUCCUCAUGGCUUCAUUGAUCGUCUCGGUAUUGGCGUAUUUCUCAUUAUCUUUCGUUAUGAUUGUUCAGCAAGUAUCACAUCAAGGGGCGUUCGCUUAUCCCAACACGACUGCUUCUGACCUCAGCGAAAAUACGAUAUUCUGGACGAGCUUACUUCUCGUAGGACUCGGCGAUUUCUUCUCAGCCCCAGUGACCGUGAUAAUGAGUGGUACAAUUAUCUACUGGGAAGGCACGAGCGCCUUUGGCAAACAACGUGUGUUUGGCGCUUUGGGAUUCGGUUUGGGCAGUUAUCUCUCAGGGCUGGCUAUAGAUGAGACGUCUGGCUUCAACUAUUUUCACCCAUCGUCUCCACAUGCUCUUCAAAGUGGCACUGAAAAACCAAACUAUUUGACUGCAUUUUUUAUGUUCCUUGUGGUUAACGUAUUUCUCAUUAUGUUGGUGAAGUUCCAGUUUGAGCUAAAGACUGAAAGGAGACCUAAAUUUGUGGUAGGGCACCUGAGAAUUCUGUUGCGCGAGAGUGCCGUGCUCUGUUUUCUUGGGUACAUUUUUGUGAUGGGUAUAUCCGGAGGGGUAAUCAUGCUAUUUCUGUUCUGGUUUCUUGAGGAUCUUGGUGCAUCCCAAGCAUUGCUUGGGCUUGCUAGUCUAGUCAUGAGCCUUUCUGAGAUCCCAGUUUUUCCUGCCGCCUCACACCUCAUAAAGAGAUAUGGACAUGUUGGUGUCCUCUUCUUAUCGCUGACAUGUUUUAUUAUCCGACUUGUUUGCUAUACGUUUCUCCAUGACCCGUGGUAUGUGCUCCUCAUUGAGCCAUUGCAUGGAAUCACCCUGGCAAUCAUGUGGAGCACAUGUGUCUCAUUCGCAAGUGUUGUCUCGCCACCUGAAAUCUACACCUCAAUGGAAGGGGUCAUAGCUGGAGUUCAUUAUGGACUUGGGUGGGGUUUGGGUGUGGUUAUCGGGGGAUGGUUUUACCAUGCAUACGGAGUGAGGAAUCUAUUCAGGUUUUGUUUGGGUCUGUGUUGCCUGUGCUUUCCAUUGUUAGGUGUUGUCUAUGUAAAAGUUAAAAGGGAUAGCACUGGUAACGUAGUUAGAUACAGGACACUAGAUAGUUUGAGUCAUGACCAAAGAAUUGUAACUCAGGAGUACCAGCUGAUUACAGGAAACACAUACAUCUAGUCCAGAUAAAGUAGAUAAAAGUAAGAAUGGAUAAAUGCAAGGAUGGAUAAAAGCAAGGAUGGUACAGCUUACAAUGAGGUCAUGGGGCAUAUAAAAUAAAAUCAAGGAUGGUACAGCUUAUGGGACACAUCAGGAUAUAAAAGGGUGUUUAUUAGCGAUCUUUUUCUAAUCACAUUGCUAAUUGAACUUUAUAUGAUUAUUUUGGGAAUUAUAACACAUUGAGAGCUUGAUAUAACAAGUUCCUGCUGUAUUUAUCAUGUUAUGGUAUGAAUUGUGUGUUCAUGAUAAUAGGAUUCAACAGUAUCUUUCGAGUGCAUUAAAUAAAAAGGUUCUGCUGUUUAAGCUGA